AUGGAUAAUUUAAGGUAGGUAUUACAAUAUUUAUUAAACAAUAACAUAGGUUGAUAAUGUAAUUAUCAACAUACUUAUAUAAGUAUAGAUUUUUCUUUUUGUUAAUAUUCUUUUGGAAUUUAUAAAAUCAUAUUACCACUAUACUUAAGAUAGCAUAUUAAAAUAAAAUCAGGCCUAGAUAUAAAUUAAAACUUUUUUUAAUUUUUAAAAUAAUUAUUAAGUACAUUAUUUUUUGUAGAAAAUGUAACAAUUAAAUCAAAGAAGAAUAUUACAAGAGUGCUCCAAAGUUACAAAAUCAGUAAUAAAUUUCAAAAAAAUUGGUUUACCUAUUAAUGCGAGAAUAUUAUUGAAAACUCCCAGAUCAACUAUAAUUAAAGAAAUUAUUUGAGAAAAAUAUUAUCAUUUUGACCUUCAAAAUGAUGUAAAAAUUUUCUUAAACAUUAUGAUACUUUUUCAUUAACCAAAACUGAUAUUGAAAUAAUUGUAAACAUUCAUGGUUUACCUAUUUCAAAAUGGCCAAUUAUGACCAAUUUUAAGGUCAGUUUUCCCUUAUAAUCAUGUGUUGGUAAUUGGUCUUAAUUAUGCAAAACAACAUAAACCUGAUGAUUCAAAUGAUUUUUAAAUUUAUUUUUGAAGAAACUAAAGAAAUAUCCAAAUAUAAUAUUAUUCUCGAUGGAAAAAAUUUAACUUAAAAAUUGAAGGAUUUUUAGUUGAUGCACCAGCUAAAUCAUUUAUAUUGCAUACCAAAGGUCAUGGGGGUAUUCAAGUUGCACUAUGUGUGAAGUUGAAGGGGAAUAUAUUAAAAGGAGAAUAUAUUUCCUUGAUGAAAAUGCUCGUCUAAGAAUUGAUAAAGAUUUUGAUAACUGUAGUGAUUAUGAAUAUCAUACUGGCAAAACCAACUUAUAGAUUCCUAACAUAGGUUUAGUUUCAAAUGUGCCUCUCGACUAUCAACACUUAAUUUGCUGUGGUGUUACAAAAAUAUUAAUUUCAUUAUGGCUUUGUGAUAGUUUAAAUGUUAGAUUAAAUUUUAAAAAAGUUAAAAAUAUUUCAAUGUUUAUCGAAAAAAAUAUUUUACUAUGUGUUCCUAUAGACUUUCAACGGCAACCGCGAUCAUUAUUUCAAUAGAAACAGUGGAUAGCAAUAGAAUUCCCUCAAUUCUUAUUAUAUACUUGGCUUGUAGUACUGCAAUAUAAUGUUAAUAGUGAUGUAUAUUUAAACUUCUUAAUACUACAUGUAGCAAUUUGAAUACUUUGUACUAAUAGGUUGAUUAAACAAAUGGAAUUUAUCCAAUAUUUCUAAAAUUUCUUCUACAUUUUGUUAAAUCUUUUAAAAAUAUUUAUGGUGAGCACAGAGCAUCAAAUUUCACAUAAUGUACACGCUUUAAUUCACAUAAUAUUGAUGUACUAUGGAACACUGGAUUCUUUUUUAACAUUUAAAUUUGAAAACUAUAUGCAAAAAAUAAAAAAAAUAAAUAAAUAAAUAGAAAGGAUAAUUCCACUGCACUAAAUUAUUUGUUGAGUUGAAGAAAUUAAAAUAAAUUAUGGAGGUACCAAGUGCAGAUGUGAAUUGAGUGAUAAUUGAUUUUAUAAGAAAUAACAUAGUCCUUUACUAGUUAAUAUGUCAAAUCCUUAGUAUUUAUCUAUGACAUGAAAAUUGUUUACAAUAAUUUCAAAAGAUCAAAAAAACUGUUGUUUUUUAAAAAACAAUAAAAUAGUUUUAACUGAUAAUAUUGUAUUUAAUCUAGAUUUAAGUUUAUACUUUUUGGUCAGACGUUCAUUUUUAAUUAAACACGAUUUAUAUUUAAAACCCUGUGCUUUUAGUUUAUUAGACAAAUAUUUAAUGUCACAAUUAUCAGAACAAAAUACUUGGUCUAUUUCUAUGAUUAAUAACAAGAUGUUUUGUUAUGAAAUUCCAAAUAAAAAUGGAUGGUAUUCAACUUUUCCUUUGUUGCAUUCUGGCAGAACAGAAGUUUCUAGUAUUCAAUAAUAUUGUAAUAUCUUCAUAAUUGUACAUUAUGUUAUAAUGUUAUAUUAUUGCUCAUUAAUUAUAAAUAUGUAAAUCUAUGUUCAGUUAAGCUCAAUUUAAUAACAUAAAAUUGAAGUAAUUUUAAUUUUACUUUCAGAAAAUUUGUAAUUGUUGACUUCUCAAAUGGUCUCCAAGUUGUAUAUAAAAAUUUGCAAAUCAACCAUCACCAUUUUUACUAUCCAAAUGCUGUAAAAGGUAUAAAAAAAAUACAACAAACUAUUAAUUAAUAUGGCUAAUCCAGAUAAUGAAAAUUAGAAUUGGACUUCAUACAUAAUAAACAAAAUAUAUGGUUAUGAUGGUAAAUAUUUUAUUAUUUUAAAUUUCAAUAAAUAAAAAAUAUAUAUGUAUAUAUAAUAUAAUAUAUACCUACAUAAUAUGUUUAGAUAAAUUAAAAAAUUCUAUUUCAAAACUACAUCAAGUCAAGAAUUAUUCAGAUAUUGAUGAAGACUCACCAAAAUAUAGGCAUAAAUAUUGCUUUAAAAGGUUAUCAUAUGAUGAUAAUGGAUUUAGCCCACCAAUGUUUCAUAGUGAAAAUGAUUUAUUAUUGAAUAUGAAAAAUAAAAUAAUUGAUGAAUUUCCCAAAACACCAAAUUCAUUUACUUUAAAACAAUCACGUAAGUAUAAAAAUAAUGCAUGUUCCAGUAUACUUGAUCAUGAUUCAGAAAGCUUUUUUGUUCUAUAUGAACAUUUAUCUACUUUAACACAAGUGUUAAUAUAAAUAUACCUACCUACAAAGAAAUAUGGAUUUCAUAAAGUCUCGAACCCAGGUAUAAGUACAGCCACAGAGGAGAACGCAGGAAGGGUUCCACUUUAAAACUUAGCUAAACUUAAGUUGAAAAAAAAAUUAGUCAAUUUGGGGGUGGUUCAUAUUCUCAAAACGGAUGGCUCCACACGUCCUUUGGUAUAAUUAAAAAUCUUAAGAAUCUAAAAAAAAAUAAAUAUAUUUUGUCCUUGGAUAUUUUGAUGGAUUACUAUCCUGAUCUUAUUAAUAUUAAUAUUAUAAAUAUAAAAGUUUGUUUGGAUGGAUGGAUGUUUAUUACCCUUCAUGCUAGAACUAAUGAACGGAUAGUGUUAAAACUUCACACUAGGUACUUUUUUUCCAUAUUUAUUCCUUAUUAAGUGAUGUGGGCUAACGAGUUAUCGGUAUUUUUAGUACGAAAAUCAAAUUACUUUUGUAGAUUUAUAAGUUACUUUGGCAACAUGAAUGAAAAAAAAAGUUCUUGUUAGUUAAUUUGGUUGUCAUUGGCCAAGAAAUACUCUUCCAAAAAAAAAGAAUUACUUGGUAACAACAGUUAACUAUGAACUGGCAAAACCGUGCGAAACAGCUAGUGGGUAUACAUAUGUAAAUUUUAAAUAAAUAUUUAUUGGCUUUAUAUCUAUUCUAAAAUAAUAAAAUCUUAAGCAAAUUAGUAUAGCUUCUUUUUCUCUUCUGCCUUCAUCCUGUUAUUUGGUGUAACUUGAUCAUUUGACCUGAUCAACCACAACGUCUUCGCAUAAAACCUCCUUAUAUCAUUCUCUAUCGCAUCCAACCAAAUCUUUUUUUUAGGUUUUCCUCUUUUCCUCAAUUCUCCAACGUUUAUUUUAGUUACCAUUCAUACUGCUUCUGACUAGUUAAUCCACAUGACAUGUCUAAACCAUCUCAGUAUAUUUAUUCGUUUAUUAUCUAUUUUAUUCCUCCAUGAUUUCUACAAUUUGUAUAUCUCUUUUAAAUUUAAACUUAGGUAUUAAAAACCCUUUCUUUGCUAGCUUGGCAUUUACACUCCUGUUAGAGGUUCCUCUAUUAAAAAAAAAUUCUUUAACUAGCCUAUGCUUAAUUCCGCAUUUCCACUGGUACAUCAUCUGGAUCUGCAAAUUUUUUUAUACAUUAUAAAAAUCACUAGACCAUUCUUCUCUAACCAUGGUUAAUCUCUAAUAAACUUCUUUUUCACCUUGCUUUGUUACUAGUGCUUUAUACAACUCAUCAUAUUUGUAUAACUUUGCUUUGUUUAUCACCCACUUACCUACCUUCCUUACUCAAUCUUUUGUAUUCUAUCCAGCCUUCUCUCUUCCUGUUCUGCUGCCAUAGCUUAAAUUAUUUUUUCUUAAUAAUUUCCUCAUCUCAACAUAUAUAAUAUGUGUGUGUGUGUUUGAAUUAUAAUCCCCCCUCCCCCAAUGAAUACUCAAAUGUAGGUACUGAAGCAAUGUGACAACUUACUAGUCCUUAAUUUUAUUUUUUUUAAAUUAAAAUUAAGUAAAUAAUAAUUAUGAAUUCAAAAUUAACUACAUACCUAGUACCUAGGUAUUCAUUUUUAACACAUUUAUAAAUUUAGUGAAAACGAUAUUGUUUCAUAGGCAUUAGUAUAUCAAAUGAUAAUAAUUAAACUGCAAGUAAAAAUUAUAUUAGGUACAUAUAAUUAACAUAAUUCUAUAUAGUUAAGCAAAAUAUUGACAAUGGACAGUUAUAAAUUUACUGAAAUCCAUGAAAUGUUUCAAAGUUUACAACCAAUUGGGAAAAUAACACUACUUUCUAUAGCAUAUAAAUUAAAAGUUACAAUUUUUAACACAAUAUGGUGUAAUUAUUCAUAUAAACAGCAAAAUAACUAUAUUUCUUAUAUUAUAUAAAUUAAAACUUUUUAUUUUAACACUAAUUUGUCUUAUUAAAUAUUAAGUAAACAUAAUAUAGUGUUAUUGUUUAUACACAAUGACUGCAUAUUGAAACCAAUUCAAGUCAUUGGAUUGUUCAGCCAUUUUGCCGUCCAAUAUAUAUACGAGCUGUUUUCAAAAAGUUUCAGGACUGUUUGAAUUAUACGCUAACAAAGGGUCCAAGAGCAAUAGGAUUGAUAUCACUGGGUUCUCUGACUUCUGA